UCUCUAGCGAAGUCCACGUGUGUCAUAACUUCCUCAGUAACAGUAGCUAGCAGCGCCAUGGAUAAGAAAAUCUCUUUAGAUUUGGAAGGGUUGGAAUCGGAACCAGUUUUAGACUCUUUGGUUAAAGAAAUACUACGACAGGACCCGACUUAUCUCAUUGGGAUUUUUGUGGCUAUAGUGGUUGUUUUAAUCACGAUAGUGUUUCUGAAGUUUUUCGUGGGCUCCCAGACAGCGAGAAGCGCUGUGCUCCUGGUGGGGCUGUGCGAUGCUGGGAAAACCCUGCUCUUCAGUCGGCUACUGACAGGCAGAUUCACCAGGACUCAGACGUCCGUCACUGUGAGCACUGCGUCCUACAAGACCAAAAACGACAGAGGUACAAGCUGGACACUUGUUGACAUUCCUGGUCAUGAAAGUCUAAGACCUCAGUUUGUGGAGAAGUUCAAGGCUUCUGCCAGAGCAAUCGUAUUUGUGGUGGACAGCGCAGUCUUCCAGAAGGAGGUGAAGGACGUGGCUGAGUUCCUCUACUCCCUCCUGACGGACAACGUGGUGCUGACGAACACCCUCCCACUAGUGAUCACAUGCAACAAGCAAGAUAUUUCCAUGGCAAAGUCAGCCAAACUGAUUCAGCAACAGUUGGAGAAGGAACUGAACACUCUGAGGGUGACCCGGGCGGCAGCACUCACCUCUCAGGACGGCUCGCCGGGGGUCGCCGUGCACCUUGGGAAGAAGGGCAGGGACUUCGAGUUCUCCCAGGUGCCCUUGCGGGUGGAGUUUGUGGAGUGCAGUGCCCAUGGCAGCAAGGGCGAGGAUAGCGAUGCCGACAUCGAGGCUCUGGAGAAGGUUCUGGCCAGGCUGUGAGACGAGGCUGCUGCACCCCUUUAGACCACGCCCUCUGCGCCUUCUGUUUGGAUUGAAUUGCUUUCCGUACUCGUUUGUCAGGAUUGGUUUUUUUUGGAUCUAAAUUUGUUCGCGUCCUCUCACAGGGGACACUGAUGAGUAGCAUUUUGUUUCCAGUUUACUCCAAGAUUUAUGGCCGACAUUCAUAAAAAAAAAAACACUUAUUUGGAAAUAUUUUUUUCCUCCUCUGUCCAAAUGUUCUAGUUCAUGUCAUGAAGCUUUAUUUAUUUUCAUGUGAAAUUGCUGGUACUAGUCAAGAUAUGAACACCUCUUUACCUGCUCUGGUACCUGCGUCAUGCCUGCCUUGUAUCCUAGUUGCUAGAGGCUGAUUGUAGUACAGCGUUGCUCACAAGCCCUGGAUAGUUUUGUGCCAUGUAAAUAAAACUUUUUUUUGGUCAUUUUAUCCAGUUAAAAGGAA